GGAGGGGCAGGGGGCUGGUGGGCGGGCGUCGUUGGUCGCCUAGGCCGGGCGCGAGCCGGGGAGUGAGGUGCUCGGCAGUGGUUGUAGCGAGCUGGGAGGCUGCAGCGGCCCGUGGGUGAGAGGGAGCCAUGAAGCACUAUGAGGUGGAGAUUCUGGACGCCAAGACACGGGAGAAGCUGUGUUUCCUAGAUAAGGUGGAACCCAAUGCCACCAUUGCCGAGAUCAAGAACCUCUUCACAAAAUCACAUCCCCAGUGGUACGCUGCCCGGCAGUCCCUGCGGCUGGAUCCCAAGGGUAAGUCCUUGAAGGAUGAGGACAUUCUGCAGAACCUGCCUGUGGGGACCACAGCCACGCUUUACUUCCGGGAUCUGGGAGCCCAGAUCAGCUGGGUGACGGUAUUCCUGACAGAGUAUGCUGGUCCUCUCCUCAUUUACCUACUGUUCUACUUCCGGGUACCCUUCAUCUAUGGUCACAAGUAUGACUUCACGUCUAGCCGGCACACUGUGGUUCAUCUUGCCUGUAUUUGUCACUCAUUCCACUACAUCAAGCGCUUAUUAGAGACGCUGUUUGUUCACCGUUUCUCCCAUGGAACAAUGCCCCUGCGUAACAUCUUCAAGAACUGUACCUACUACUGGGGCUUUGCUGCCUGGAUGGCCUAUUAUAUCAACCACCCUCUCUAUACUCCCCCAACAUAUGGGAGUCAACAGGUGAAACUAGCACUUGGCAUUUUUGUGCUCUGCCAGCUCGGUAACUUCUCCAUUCACAUCGCCCUGAGGAAUCUGCGCCCAGCAGGUUCCAAGACCCGGAAGAUACCUUAUCCAACCAAGAACCCCUUUACAUGGCUCUUCCUGCUAGUGUCAUGUCCCAAUUACACAUAUGAGGUGGGGUCCUGGAUUGGGUUUGCCAUCAUGACCCAGUGCCUCCCAGUGGCUCUCUUCUCCCUUGUGGGCUUCAUCCAAAUGACCAUCUGGGCCAAAGGAAAACAUCGAAGCUACCUGAAAGAAUUCCGGGAUUACCCCCCGCUGCGCUCUCCCAUCAUCCCCUUCCUUCUCUAAACUGCCCUCUCAGUGGCCUCUCCCCUUUGUGAUGAUCACUGGGCAGCUUCUCAGCCCCUGCUUUUGGGCCCUCCUCUUCCCCUGCCAUUGACCGGGGGCCAGUUCAGCUGUUGCCUGGGCAGAGGGCUUGGCCCUCUCCUUGUUUCCUGACUGAAACAACAUGGGCUCUGCAGAAGGGAUACCGGCCUUAGGUGGUUGUGUUUUCUGGCUACAGGAAUAAAACACAUUCUGAUUCCAGGA